AUGGUUUUUACCUCGGUCGUUAACUUGGUGCGUUCUCGAGGGCCAGAUGAGUUUUGGCGGAAGCGUAGAAUUUUCAAACUAGCCGCACACUUUAUUGGACGUCGGCGUAACUGCUAUUCUAUUGCAAUUCGUAAUGUAAACAGGGCUCUAGCCUACGCCACUAAAGGCCGUGAGCUCAAAAAGCAGGACAUGCGAGAACUAUGGGCACAGCGGGUGAAUGCUGGCUGCGAGCAGCAUGGUAUGCAAUUUGCCGACUUCCAGUACGGUCUGUACCAAAACGAUAUCUUGCUGAACCGGAAAGUAUUAGCGGAUUUAGCUAUCUGGGAGCCGAGAACGUUUGAGGCACUUGCCAAGAUCAGCCAGCAACUUCCCGAGAAAGAAAGCGGAGACAAGUGA